UGGGGGGAAGGGGUGAGGACCGGGCCCCAGGAGCUGUGGGUGCAGUUUGGGGAGGGGGCCGUACAUCAUCGUGUUCCCUGCCCACGAUAGAAGCUUUACGCUGCGUGUCAAGUCGUGUGAGCACCGGUGCUUUCGUUUAUCAAAAAGUCAGUGUUUUAAGGCUGCUAAAAGUAAUGUAUUAAUUAUAGGCAAGUGCAUUUGGUGAGGUAAUGAAUAAGAAAAUUAUGCAUCUGCUUUAUUUUCGCUUGACUCUCAACUCAGAGAAGCCAGAUACCUUCCAAAAAGAUGUAUAUGUGCAUAUAUACAUAUUUAUAUGACAGGACGUGUGCACACGCUUAUAUGCGUGGCUGUAAAACUGUUUCACUCAAGCAUAUAUUUUUUCCCUGUAAAACUUUCACUCACGCAUAUGUUUUUUUCCCUUCAGUAAACGUUUCCUGAACUAGUUUUUACAUGUGCAUGCCCUGAAAAUGGGAAAGAACAUGGGUUUCCUUGUUGAAUUUGGAAGAGUUGUUCAAUAAAAGUAGGGCUUUUUGUUUAUUUUUUUUAUUUUAUUUUUUUUCCUUUCCUGAAAACAUGCAUUUGGUUCCUUCUAAGUAACUCGAUAUUUUGGAGAGCUUCUUGUAUGAAACCAGCUAAAUAGCAAAGGCUGGUGUUAUAAAAGGAUGAAUAAGAUUUUUCUGGUAGUGUAGAUGCUGAAGGACGUGUCCUGUGAUUGCAGCUGUGGGCUGCAGUCUGUUGUUGGCGAGUGGAAAGACCGACUCAGCAAGAAACAACGAAUUUAUAAUCGAACGUAGUUGUGUUGUGGGUUUUUUGUAAGUUUAGAGUGUAUGGCCAGGUUUUGAGAUUUUUUUUUUCGAGUGGGGAAUUAGCUCAAAUGGUAGAGCGCUCGCUUAGCAUGCGAGAGGUAGCGGGAUCGAUGCCCGCAUUCUCCAGUGUUUUCCGUGUGGAUGUCAUUAUAAGCCAACGACAGCGUUUAAAAUUAUUUUCCUAUUCAUGCUUAUUUUUUUUUCUAUAAUGUAUAAUUUCAGAAACCUGAAAGAACUGUAAAUUUUUCUAAAAAGCGUAUUGAUUUAAAUAUUUCGUUUUAAAAUCAGAUGUUUGUUCUUUUGCAUAGAGGAAAUACAGUCUUUGUGUGAAAUAAUCAAAUUUACUGACAUCUUACAUGUCAUCUUGCAUUAUAAUAAGAAAUGACAUGUAGUAUUUUUUGAGAAAAGGAAAGGACUUUUUUGAUUGGUCCUUAAGUAUUUGUUUAAUGACUUCAUUCAUCAGUUAACUUUACAUUUGGUAUUAUAGUUUAGUGUGUCAUGAACAAAAUUUUUUAUUCAUGCUUUGAGUAAGACUCAUUGUUUCUGCUCUAUUUUGGUUGUAUAGGCUGUUUAUUAGAAAGAGUAGGCUAGAACAUUCUGUAGUUCUUUGCAUCUGGUAGUAAGAUUGUGCAUUUUGCUUGUGAAUUUUCACAUUUCUGAAAUACGUUGGAAAUUUAUAAAUAUAUGCUUGCACAUUUUAAGGCUUCAUGAGGAGUUUUUUUGGUUUAGUGUUUUGUUGUUGGUUUUUUUUUAAUUCUGAUUUUACUUUCUUACUUGCUUAUUCAGAUAUUUAACUGCUUGUAGUUCCAGUUUGAGAUAGCAUGAGGAAAUGAGCAGAAUGUGCUUCUUAAGCAUACAUAAACAAAAUAUAACAUAACAUAAAUUUGUGCAAUUAGGAACUCGGGAGUGCACAUAUUAAAACAAACAGAAAUGGGAAACAAAAGUUAUUAAUUAGGCUCUAUGUUAAGGGAGAAGGAGAAACCCUGCUGCAUGAAUUUACAAGUAGCACCUGUGAAGAAAGUAAGGGACAUCUUCCUGUGACCACGACAAGAAAGGAAUAAACUUCUAGAUGGAAUGGGAAAGAAAUUGCAUUUGCUUAUUUCUCUUGUAUUCUUCAAGUACUGGAGAGAAAAGAGGAAUUGUGACUGUAAGGCUGCUUGAUGCCUCUUAAAAUGAAGUCUAAUGGAGAGAAAAGUAUUAUGGUCUUGUCAUGAGUCCCUUUUGGACUCAGUGUUUUGUGUCUUUAUUUUUUAGGUAAACCAUCCUGUGAAGAACUUAUAGGAUUGAGAGACAAAAGGGUCCUGGCUCUCAAGAGAACUACAGCCUGUGGAAGUAUACUACUUGUUAAUGGUUAAAGUACCUCGUAAUUUUCGCUUGUUGGAAGAACUUGAAGAAGGGCAGAAGGGAGUAGGUGAUGGUACAGUAAGCUGGGGCCUUGAAGAUGAUGAAGACAUGACACUCACCAGAUGGACAGGAAUGAUUAUUGGGCCACCAAGGACAAACUAUGAAAACAGAAUAUACAGUCUGAAAGUAGAGUGUGGACCUAAAUACCCAGAAGCACCUCCUACAGUUAGAUUUGUAACUAAAAUUAAUAUGAAUGGAAUAAAUAAUUCCAAUGGAAUGGUGGAUGCACGGAGCAUACCAGUGUUAGCAAAAUGGCAAAAUUCAUAUAGCAUUAAAGUUGUACUUCAAGAGCUAAGACGUCUAAUGAUGUCCAAAGAAAAUAUGAAGCUUCCACAACCUCCAGAGGGACAAACUUACAAUAAUUAAUUUUAGCUGAUUCUCAAACUUCUGUCUUAAAACAACAACCUUCUACUCAUGUAAUGUCUUGAUUAAAUCUCACAAUGCAAACACCCACACAUUAAAGAAUUUCAGCUGUAUACAUGACCUGGACAUUUGUAAGAAUAUAUAUAAUAUAUGUAUGCCCAAUAUGUUUUCAGGCACUUUGGGAGAAAAAGGCAGCACAAUUAUUUUUUUUUUCUCUUACUGAGGCACUGUCAUUUAAGCAAGCAUAAGCCUGAAAUAGCCUAUAAUUGGAAUUCAGGUUUUACAAGAUGAAAGCAUGACAGAAAGUGUCAGAUUGCUGUGGAAUAAUAUAUGUUACCGAAAAUAAUUUCUGGAGAAGGCAAAAUAUAAAUGGCAUGCUUUAUCCAUCUUGCUUAGUAAAAGAGCUGCAGUUAAAUUUGUUUUAAGGUAGCAGGUACAGUGAAUACCGUUGCUCAUCUUGUUUAAUUUUGCAAGGGUGUGGGUGCCGACUACUAGUAGUGUCACAAAGUAUGUUCAGGAUUGUUUUGAUACCUGUAUUUAUAAAAUGGGGGGAUUAAUUUCUGUUAAGCAGCUCCUGUGUUACAUGUAUUGGACAUGGCAAAUAUUUGUUUACAGUCUUUGUUCUAAUAAACCAUGCGUUUAAGUUUUAGUGAAACAAAGGAAAUGUAUGGAUAUGUGAUUGAGAUUAAAGUUAGUCUUAAAAUGUAAAUAAAAUGUGGAAAGUGUC